GUAAAUCACAACCAUGAUCACUUACGCCUCGAUUCUACUUAUGUUAGUCAUUUUAAAGGAGAGACAAUUACACCACAAUUCACUCAUUCAACGGCAGACAUGGAAUGAACGGUACGACUACAUAGUGGUCGGCGCCGGCAGUUCCGGAUGUGUUGUCGCUUCACGACUGGCCGAAGACACCAACAAAACUGUACUCCUGAUAGAGGCCGGAGGGGCUCAGGACUUGGCCAGCGAUGUGCCCGCGCUACAGAAGACUAUGUUUGGCUCAUCAAUGGACUGGAAAUACCCGACAGUUUUCCAACCGCACGCACACAAAGCAAUAAUAGGCCAGAAGGAAAUACUGAUCAGGGGUAAAGUAUUUGGCGGGUCGUCAUCAAUAAACUCGAUGAAUUACUACCGUGAAACUCACAGCUACUUCAAAAUAUGGGAAAACCUGACCAGGGUUAAAACUUGGACCCAUAACCAUGUGUUCCCGUAUUUCUCCAAAUCGGAAAACAAUCUGGAUUUUCGUUUAGUGGCCAACUAUCCGGAGCUGUACAACAUGGGUGGCCCCCAGUCUAUCAACACCAUAGCGCCCGACGUUAUACUGGGCCGAUACUUCAAGAAUAUGCAAAUGUUGGGCUACCCCAUCAACGACCCUGAUGGUUUCAAGCCGUUCGGCACGACCAUGCUUCGCCAGACGGUGAUGAAUGGUGUCCGCCAAUCGUCGGCCGUGUCAUAUCUGGAAAAGCUCCCGAAGGAUAAUCUUCACACUCUGGGCGACGCUCAGGUCACUCGAGUGCUCAUUAAUCACCGCAAACAGGCCAUCGGUGUUGAGUUCUUCCGCUACGGAAACUAUCAUAAAGUGUACGCAAACGGAGAGGUUAUUGUCAGCGCCGGUGCCGUCGGCAGCCCUAAAAUCCUGAUGCUGUCGGGCAUCGGACCCAAAGACCAUCUUCAGGAGCACAACAUUAAGGUUGUGUCGGAUCUAAAAGUAGGCCACAACGCCGUGUCAACCAUUGGUGUGUGGCUUAGGUUUGACAUUAAAAACCAGUCACUGAUUCAGAAACCUGUGGAGAAUUUUGAAAACUUUUACAACUAUAUCAUACACAAUAGUGGGCCCCUGGCCUACAAGGGCUCGGCGCUCACCUGUUACCCGGAGCAUUCACUACCCGGUUUUCCCGAUGUGACCCAAGGGUGCGCUCUACCCCGUACGGACGUAUUGGAAGGGGAUCUGGAAAAGUUGGUUCAGCCCUACAAAAACAAGGACGAUUGGCGUGAAUACUAUCGGCCAUAUUUGAACCGGUCUUUUAUCGCGUGCCCUCCGGUGCUCCGGCGGCCUAAGGCAACUGGACGCAUAAAAUUAGCUAGCUCAAAUCCAUUUGACACGCCACUAAUUGAUCCCUGUAUAUUUUGCGACCCCCAGGAUCUCAAAGACUUGGUCAAAGUGUUCAAAACGACCAUCAACACUUAUACCACCCCAUAUAUGAAACAGUUCAUCGAGCCGUACGCCAAACCCAUACCCGGCUGUACGCCCUGUAGUGAUACCUAUUUCUGCGACUCGUAUCUCACGUGUAUUACAGAACAAUUGGCGGCUCCGGUGUCCCCAAUGGGCGGCAAUAGGAUCGGUGUUGUCGGAGACCCGAACGCUGUGGUCGAUGAGAGGCUCCGGGUGUUUGGUGUGUCCCGACUCCGUGUAGUGGACACCAGUAUAAUACCGGUGCCCACAGAACAGGGCAACGCCUUAGCCGUUAUGAUUGCCGAAUACGCCUCUGCGAUGAUAAAGGAGGAUAAUGGAGAUAUAAAAUCCAAUCUUAAUGAAUAA